AUGUUAGCUCUGGGGCUCUGGUCUGCGCUGCUGGUCUUCGCCCAGGCCGCCGAGGCUGAGUGCGCAUGGUGGAGCUGGUGUAGCAAGCCAAGCGCUCACAGAGCCUUCGAGGCGGAGUCCUUCUCUGGUGGAGUUUCCUUACUUCAGGUUGGACCAGCUGAGGUGGUCCGAGCUCAGAAGUCAGCAGAUGCAGUUCCUUCGCGACGUCCGAGUAGCCCUUCAAAGGAUGCGGCCAGCAGCAAUGCGCUCGUGCAGUUCUACCGGGAACAUGUUGAAGAUCAAGAAGUAACUCCUGGUGAAGUCUCAGGUGUGAUCAUGCUGCUUGGGGUCGUCAUUGCUUGCUUAUGCUGGGCUCCCCCGAUUUCGUCGCCUGCGGUGAACAAGGAAGCAGUGCCUGACAUCCUUCCACCAGUCACGGACAAGGCUCCUCGUCGACCAUCUAAUCCUCCAGGAGAGCCCACCUGCUGUUGCGGAAUCUCAAGCUGGAUGUCAAGGCGUGCACAAGCCCGAGAGAAGCCACAGGAACCAGUUACUGCACUGCUUGCCCCGUGA